AACCAAAACGCCACAUGGGAAGGGAAAAAAAAGAUAUUGCCCAACCUAGCGUGAUCACCUUCGUUUUCAUAUUAGGAACGAAGCACUAUUGCCAUCUUGUUCAUGCUACUCGUAACAAGCACAACAACUAACCCGUUAGAGGACGAUAGGCCGAAAAUACGGCCCAAAGAACUUGCGAGUCAUGCUUUGGUUCGCCAUUGUUCACAUUUUGUCAGAUUGAAAGCGUGCCGCGGUUGUCUGAUCGAGUCUCUCCACCGAUCACUAAACAGAAUUUAUUCGCGCAUAGAAACUUGCUUGACUGAUUUGGCUGACAUCAAGACCCGCGCGGAUAGCCUAGCAGUCCGGCCAUUGACGAGUCGAAUCCACUUUCGACCGUCUGCUUGGCAAUCACCAGUUCUCUUGUGGAUCUUUGUGGGGAUCGCCACGUUCCAGUCUGGGAUACUGGUAUAGUGCAUCUGGGGUAUCUGGGGAAAUUAACUACAGUUUAUGGGGUAGGAUAUACUCCGCAAUCCCCAGAUUUUUCUUCUUUUUUGCAUUUAGCUUUUUCUCGCCACCUUUUUUGCUUUUUCUUGUUUGACAAUUUUAUGCAUUCAUUCCUUUUUCCCGCAUUUGUACGCCAUCGUCUUUGACUGUUUUCCAUGU